AUGACAGACUGUUUUAAAGGGAGCUUUCUGCUGCUGUUUCUCAUUAUCGCACAGGUGCGGAGUCAGGAGUGUCCGCAGCACUGUCAGUGUCCUGCGGAUGUCCCAGCAUGCCGAGCAGGAGUGUCCCUGGUGAAGGAUGGCUGUGGCUGCUGUCAAGUGUGUGCACGUCAGAGGGGAGAGCAGUGCACGAAGCUGAACCCCUGCGACAGUGGCCUGCAGUGUGACCACAGCGCCAGUCUGCCCGGGGAGCCUGGGGAGUGUGUCGGCCUGGAGGAGGUGGGCUGUGAGCUCAAUGAUGUCUGGUACUCAGAGGGUCAGACCUUUCGUCCGUCCUGCGAUACGCUCUGUCGCUGCAGUGGUGGAGGUGUGAGCUGUGUCCGGACCUGUCCCGUCUCCAGCCCCCUGCCCUCCACAGACUGCCCCAACCCUCAGUACAUCCGCCUGCCCGGGACUUGCUGCCCACAGUGGGUCUGCGAAAACUUGGACAACACGAUCUUUAAAGACGCCAUCACAGCCCAACAGUCUGGGAGAUUGCGACCCUCUUUACCCUGGACUCCCGUGAACAGACUGGGCCCCGUGAGACCUCCUCCUGCUCGGCCCGUGUGUGUGGAGCAGAGUACUCAGUGGAGCGCAUGUUCUCAGAGCUGUGGUCCCGGUAUCUCCACUAGAGUAUCCAACCAGAACCCCAGCUGUCGGCUGCAGCUGGAGACAAGACUGUGCAAAGUGCGCCCGUGCAGCCCUCACCUGCCCCAGCGCACAGCUCCAGGGCAGUGGAGCCACAGUGGAGAGUGCCAGCCCACUGUUCUGUCCCCGGGGCGAGUGCGGCUGCUUCAUGAGGACUGCUCCAGCACGAGGACCUUCCAGCUUCGCUUCUGUGGCCUGUGCUCAGACUCUCGCUGCUGCACGCCUCACCACACAUCCACUGCUCAAGUGGGCUUCAUCUGCCCUGGAGGCAGGCGGCAGAAGAGGGCUGUGAUGCUCAUUCACUCCUGUGCGUGCCAUCAAAACUGCCCCUAUGCUCCACACAAGAACCCUGCACUGUGGGGAUUCAGACCCUAG